AUGGGGUCCAAUGUUGCUAGUUUCGGGGAGCGUAUUGCGAAGGCUGGCAAAAAGCUCAAGGCGAAGGGCGCCCUGGAGUUUUUGAACGACUGGAAGUAUCAGCUGGGUCACGAGAUCUUGGUUCCCAAGGGCAUUUUGCACUCUUACAUGUACUCUUCGUUGUACAACCCCAACAGCAAGAUCAUUGUGCGGACUACUACACAAGACCGAAUGUUGAAGUCGGCCGAGUACUGGCUGGCUGGUUUCUUUGGUCUUGAAUGGUAUGAGCGCUCCAAGUGUAGGCUAGAGGAGCCAAUGACUGACUCGAUCCGCAGGACCAACAAUGCCACCAUCGAAGUUAUCAUUGAGCAAGACCGGGCUAACAAUUCCCUUGCUGGGUAUCUGAACUGCCCCAAUGCUCAAAAGCAGAAUGGAGGGAACGAUGCCGCCAAGGUCUGGAUCUCAAACUAUCUAUCUAAUGCUACUGCCCGCCUGAGGGAUCUGGCGGAUGGAUUUGACUGGACCAUUGACGACACCUACGCGGCUCAAACCAUGUGCCCUUACGAGACGGUCGCCUAUGGCUUUAGUCGAUUCUGCGACCUGUUUACCUACGAGGAGUGGGUUGGAUUCUCCUACUCAGUUGACCUCGCGUUUGCCGGCAACAAUGCUUUCCAGAACCCUGCAGGCCGCGCUGUGGGUAUCGGAUACCAACAGGAAGUCAUUGCCCGCCUCCAGAACCACACUCUGGGCUACUCGGGCUCGCAGAUCAACGUCACUCUGGACAACAACACCGUCACCUUCCCGCUCAACCAGAGCCUCUACUUCGACUUCUCCCACGACACCAACAUCGCCUCCAUCCUCACGGCGUUUGGGCUGAAGCAGUUUUCUCAGCUGCUCCAGCCAACCGAGUACCCGGGCCCGCACAAUUUCACCGUCUCGCACAUAACGCCGUUCGGCGCGCGCCUCGACAUUGAAAUCAUCAAGACCCCGAAGCCGUUCAAGGCCGACCGGUCGGGCUACGACGAGGACGGCGGCGAGACCAAGUACGUCCACUUCAUCCUCAACCAGAGGACGGUGCCGCUGGGGUGGAGCUUUCCCGAGUGCGACGUCGAGAGGAAGGAUGGUUGGUGCGAGUUUGAUACGUUUUUGAGGGUGCAGCAGGAUAUGCCCGAGCUGGCGGACUAUGACAGGGCGUGUCACGGGGACAUUGAAACGGUGCCGUAUGGGGUUGUGUAUGAUGGCAGACCCUUGUAA